AUGAGUAGACGAAUCACGCUAUUACUUGACCAAACGGUUACAUAUUUACUGGUUAGCAUUCGUAACUAUCAAACGUCUCUUUUACCUAGCGGUGCAAGAGCCUUCAUCAAUGGUCGGUGGAAUGAUGCGUUAUCAAAUGACACGUUUGAAGUCAAAAAUCCUUACGACAAUGAGGUCUUGUGCAGAUGUGCGAACUGCAGCAUAAAUGAUGUAAAAAAAUCAGUGAAAGCAGCUCGAGAAGCAUACAGCACUUGGUCACUCUUGUCAACUGCUAAAGAACGUGGUGCAAUAUUGGAGAACUGGCAUUCCAAAUUAUUGCAGCAACAGAACGAACUUGCUGAGCUGAUCACCCUUGAAGAAGGUAAACCAUUACAAGAAGCACUCGGUGAAAUAAUCUAUUCCGCUUCAUUUUUGAAAUGGUUCAGUGAAGAAGCUCGUAGAAUAUAUGGGCAAAUUGUGCCACCAAUAUCAGUACAGCGUUUACAUUUGCAUACACGGGAACCAAUUGGUGUUGUAGGAAUUAUAACUCCAUGGAACUUUCCAUCGGCAAUGAUUACUCGAAAGGUAGCUGCAGCAUUAGCAGUUGGAUGCACGGUUGUUGUGAAACCCGCUGAAGAUACACCACUUUCUGCCCUUGCUUUGGCUCAUACUGCCAAAGAAGCAGGUCUUCCGGAUGGUGUCUUCAACGUAAUUCCAGCGGAUUUAAAAAAUUCUGUUAAUAUAGGAAAACUGUUGUGUGAAUCGACCGACAUUGAUGCAAUUUCGUUUACGGGUAGUAAGAGGGUGGGCAAGAUUUUACUUUCACAGUCAGCCAACACAGUGAAGCGAGUAUGUCUUGAAUUAGGCGGUAAUGCACCCCUUAUUGUAUUUCCAUCAGCUCAUCUGCCAACUGCUGUUGAAGCGACAAUGUUAUCAAAGUUUCGUGGUAGCGGACAAACAUGUAUAUCUCCGAAUCGUAUUUAUGUACAUUCCUGGAUCCAUGAUUCUUUUCUUGACCAUAUUAAACGUGCUAUGGAAAAACUGAUUGUCGGGAAUGGUUUGAAUCCUGGAGUAACUCAAGGACCUCUUAUCAAUGAAAAAGCUGUUAAAAAGGUUGAAAAGUUGAUAGAAAAUGCAGUGGAAAAAGGAGCACGUGUGGUACUAGGUGGAAAGCGCGCGAUGCCAAAUACUUGUUUCCAGCCGACUUUGAUGACAGAUGUUACGAACGAUAUGGAUAUAGCACAAAAUGAAAUAUUUGGUCCUGUUCUCGCUCUUCAAAAAUUCGAAACAGAAGAAGAAGUUUUAUAUCUGGCGAACGAGAAUAGAAAUGGCCUUGCCGGAUAUAUAUUCACAACGGAUUAUGCUCAGAUUGUACGCGUUAGUCGCAAUCUUCAAGUUGGAAUUAUUGGUGUCAAUGAAGGACAAGUGUCAUGUGCAGAAGCAGCAUUUGGUGGAGUCAAGGAAAGCGGUUUAGGUCGUGAAGGUGGUUCGGUGGGUAUUGAUGAAUUCUCUCAAUGGAAGUAUGUGUGUGUUGGAUUAUUGCAGCGACAAGUUACUCGUUUGUAA